AUGCGUGCGGCCGCGGAAAGUGCCUCUCGCGCCUCGGCAGCAGGCGAUUCGUCACCUGUUGUCAUGAAUCCUUCACGUGGUGAGUCGCCACGUGCGACCGGUACAUCCGCUGCCUCUGCAGUGGGUACUGCGAGUCGUAAUCAAGACGAGUCUGAGAUAGAGCUCAUCUAUUCUGGCGAGUUGGAUGAUGCAUCCGACUCGAAGGCGACGCCUCACGCCUCCGGAUCACCCGGGGCGGACACUGCAAGAGCCAGGCUGACUGGCUCUGGUCAGCGCGGCGGUAUCAUGGCUGAGAUCUUCGGAUCGAGUGAUUAUUCCGAUGAAUCUCCUCCUCACACAAGUCCGUAUAUCGAUAGGACGCGUGGUGAUGGUGGUGAUGCACCCAUGCAUCACCAAGGGCCAAUCAAUUCAAGGGAUCGGGGCAACACUGGUGCCAGUGCUCAUGCUGGCACCAAUCAAGAGGCCAGGGACCAAAAUGCCCUGCGCCACGCUCCUUAA